CCCCCACGGGUAGGAGCAGAUUAGCCCUUGACUUGGAUAACUGAAAUCACGGCGGGUUUCCGGUAGAACGUGAUUUGCUUGUCACCCUUCUGAACAACUUCGGCUAUUUACCUUCUUGUGUUUGCCGCUGUCAUAGCAACGCCCACCUGAUCAGCAGUAAGCGCUGCUCAGCUGAGCGGAUCAACAGCUGACUGAAGGAACAGUGACGCGAGGCAGCGGCAGCGUGAAACUGAGAUUUGCCAGCUACUGUCCGUGCUUGACGAUGCAUCGCGCCUAUCAACCGGUCCUUCCCAGUGGAAAUAAGUAUUUACAACAGAAAUGGGACAAAGCGUAUUACGACGAGCACAUAAAGAAGGUAAAAUCGGCAAAGCCUAUGGUUAACACAACUACUCCACAAACAUAUGGACAUCUUCACCUGAAAAUGAAAAAACUUAAGCUGCAGGAGGAACGCCUUUCUAUUAUUGAACGAGACAACAACCUGCUGCUAGAGAAGAUGUCUUACAUAAUGAGGACUUCUGGGCGUAUUGACAACAAAAAUGAAUAUCAGAGCAAAAGUUUAAACAAAGAAAAGCGACAAAGGGAACUACUCCAAAUCACUAAGGAAAACCAGCAAAUCCUGGAGCGUAUCUCCCAGUGUUGGCCGCAGUACAGUACUGAAAAGUGGCAGGAGGACUGGGAGAAGAAUGAGAAGUACAUGGACAGCAUUGCCCGCUAUCCUCGGGGCUGGUAUGAGGAGAUGCACAAAAAGAAUAAAAUGAGAUCUUCUGCAAGAAAAGCAAAUGGUGCAGAGGUUAAAACAAGUGACGAAGAAACUAAUCAAGAAGAAAAGCCUGAUGAUUUAUCUAGAGAAGAUCAGAAUAAAAAAUCUGAAGAAAUGAACAAAGAAAUAGAUGAAGAACAGCGACAUGCAGAGACGGAGUUGAAAAAGCAACAUGAAGUGAUGCAGGAUUAGUGGACAGAGAGUAACCUGUAGAAGAACGCUUUACUCUUAUCAUGUAUUAUUGAUGAAUAAGAAUUACAAAAAUGUGAAGGCACUGACUCUCUAAUGUUACUAAUUGUUUCAUGAUUUCACAAAAAAAAAAAAAUUUUUUUUUUUUCUUUUUACCUGUGUCUCUCUUUCUCUUUCUUUUGGGUGGGGAUUUUGUUUGUUUGUUUUUUUUCUAUUUUUCCUUUGCUUUUAUUACAUUUAAUUUGAUGUAUCUAGUACAUUUUAAUAUUUGUCAUUAUUAGUAAAAUGCUAUUGUAAUGUUCUGAUUUUCAAAAAUUAAGUAUAAAAAAAUUAAAAGGCAGGUCAGCUGUAAAAAUUGCAAUUAAUGCCUUAAAACAUGAAUAUUUUAUAUGAAGUGUUGUGAGAAUUACUGUAUAUUUUAUAAUAAAAAUAUAAUGGAAAUCUUUAUCAGUAUAUUCCUAAAAAUGAACAAAAAAAAAAUUAGAUACUUUACUGAUCUUUAAAAAUAUACCAAUGAAGGAAAAGCAAAAUGUUAAAAAAAAAUUUUAUUGCAAUUCCAGAAUAUCAUUGAUGGCCUUAGUUUUAUGUAAUACAUUGUUUAAUUAGCUUUAUUGUUUUUUAUUUCCUUUAGCAAUUUCUUCACUAUACUUGUUUAUAAUAGCUUAUGUAACUUAAGCAACAAACAGACCACAUCUGAAAGCUUUUUAUGUGUUUCACUGUGUGUAAUUGUUUACAUAUUUAAUAUCUCAUAAAUAAUACAAAUUAUUAUUAAUAAAUCUGAGUUUACUGAAAA